AUGGCAUAUCGUCGCUUUUGUCUUACCAAUGGCACAGCAGACGUCGACUCGACUGGCGGAUCUCGGUCCCGUUUCGUUUGGAACUACGGAAGCAAAUAUGUUGAUCCAACUCCUAAACUACGAAGCAACCCCACCGUCUUUACGCUCCCAGCCCUGCCCUACCGCCCAUCCGCCAUCUCUUCGGUCCCGAUGUCGACCUCUGCUCACUUCAAACUGAGCGACUUUCCUCACAAAGUCCUGGAUCCGAUUGCCACCCUCACCGUCCCACCGACUUACGCGACCAUCAAACAUGCCCAACGUCAGCUCAUGACCAACGCAGCCGCCAUCCCCACGCUCAACGGUGGCGGCGCCCACGGCCACAUGGCCUUAACCCUCACCGCUCUCGCGUACGCCGACAUCAGCGACGUCCCGUUCGUCAUUCCCGUCGCUCCCCCUGCCAAUCCGCCCCCCGGCGCCACGCAACCCCAAAUCACCGAGAAUAACCGCGUUCACCAACGCGACGCUGACAUUUACAACCUUUAUGUCGCUGUUAACAACGCUCUCCGCCAACAGCUUCUCGAUGCGAUUCCCCGCAUCUACGUACGCGCCCUCGCGCAUCCCAUGUUCGAGUUCAGCAACGUCACGUGCCUUGACUUGCUUUCGCACCUCUGGACCAAAUACGGUACAAUCAAGCCCGCUGAGCUCCAGAAAAAUUUCCAGUCAAUGUUCACCCCGUGGAAUACAACAGAACCGAUUGAAUCCGUUUUUCUCCAGCUCGACGAGGCCAUCGCCUUCUCCGUCGACGGUAACGACCCCAUCUCCGAAGCUGCCGCCGUACGAGCCGGCUAUGAAGUCAUCGCGCACUCUGGCCUGCUCCUCCUCGACUGCAAAGAAUGGCGCAAAUUACCCCUUGCUUCUCACACCCUUGCCAACUUUCAGCAGCACUUUUCCCUUGCCGACGACGACCGGCGCCUUACGGCCACCACUGGUUCCCUCGGCUAUGCCAACGUUCUCGCUGCAACCCCCUCUCUGACUCCAGCCACGGUUUCCGACACCCUCAGCCUUCCCUUCUCCGCGCUCUCUGUGUCACAGACUUCCGUCUCCUCUCCGGAUAUGACCUAUUGCUGGACCCAUGGGACCAGCAAGAACCGACGCCAUACGAGCGCCACGUGCAAGAACAAGGCCCCUGGCCAUCGCGACGACGCGACCGCCACCAACACUCUCGGCGGAUCCACCAAGGAAAGAGGGACGGCUACGCCGAUGGUUAACUCUAGUAAUACCGAUUAUUUAAAUCAUAUUACUAGUCUUAAUUCAUCUGUAGCCCCCUCCCCGCCUAGUUCCCAUACCUCGGCCAUUGCCGACACCGGUUGCACCGGCCAUUACAUCACCGUCAACUGCCCCCACACCCACAAACUUCCUGCACGCCCCAGCCUUGCCGUCCGUGUCCCUAACGGCGCCGUCCUCCGCUCAAGCCACAUUGCCACCCUGGCCCUCCCUGGCUUCUCCCCUUCUGCUUGCCAGGCCCACAUCUUCCCCGGGCUUACCUCGCACCCACUCAUUUCGAUUGGACAACUUUGUGACGACGGCUGCACUGCCACUUUCUCAGCCACUCGCCUCGAGAUCCACCGCGACACUACACUACUCCUCUCCGGCACUCGUGCACCCACUACCGGCCUCUGGCACCUUGAUCUUACCCCUGCCAAGCCUCCUGCCACAGCCCACGCUCUAGUUCCCAACACUCCCCUCGCUGACCGCAUCGCUUUUGUUCAUGCCUCGCUCUUCUCCCCGGCGAUCUCCACAUGGUGCCAGGCCCUCGACUCCGGCCAUCUUGCAACCUUUCCUGAACUUUCCUCCCGCCAGGUCCGCAAGUAUCCACCUCGUUCCCCCGCCAUGGUCAAGGGCCACCUCGACCAACAACGCGCAAACCUUCGAUCCACCAAGCUUCCCCCUGUCGGUUCCCCCAUCACGACGGCACCCCCUGCCGCCGCUGUGCCCGACCUUGACCCUCCCGACGCCCACCCCGUCACACGCACGCACCAUGUCUUUGCUGCUCACCAGCGCGUCACCGGCCAAAUAUACACGGACCAACCUGGCCGUUUCCUCACUCCUUCAAGUUCAGGCCACAACGACAUGCUUGUUCUUUAUGAUUACGACAGCAACGCUAUCCACGUCGAACUCAUGAAGAACAAGUCCGGCCCCGAGAUUCUGGCCGCUUAUAAACGCGCUCAUGCUCUUUUCACCCAGCGAGGCCUCCGUCCCCAACUCCAGCGGCUUGACAACGAAGCCUCUGCCGCCCUCCAGUCCUUCAUGACCUCAGAGCACGUUGACUUUCAGCUGGCACCCCCCCAUCUACACCGUCGUAAUGCAGCCGAACGGGCCAUCCGCACCUUCAAGAACCACUUUAUCGCUGGCCUAUGCACCACUAACCCGGAUUUUCCAUUGCACCUUUGGGACCGCCUCCUCCCACAGGCCCUUAUCACCCUCAAUCUUCUUCGUCGCUCCCGCAUCAAUCCUAAGCUGUCCGCCCACGCCCAGCUUCAUGGUGCUUUCGACUACAACCGCACCCCGCUUGCUCCACCUGGCACUCGCGUCUUAGUUCAUGUCAAGCCGUCCGUCCGCGAAACUUGGGCCCCCCAUGCUGUUGAAGGUUGGUACCUUGGCCCCGCCCUGCACCAUUACCGUUGCCACCGCGUCUGGGUCACAGAAACACGUGCCGAACGCGUUGCUGACACCCUUUCCUGGUUCCCGACCCGCAUUCCCAUGCCCGCAGCUUCGUCCACCGACCGCGCCCUGGCCGCCGCCCGCGACCUAGUCCAUGCCCUCCAGAAUCCUUCCCCUUCGUCUCCGUUCGCCCCCCUCGAUGCCACCCAGCACCAGGCACUCACAGAUCUUGCCACCCUCUUUGCCACCGUGGCCACCCCGACCGACGAUCCCCCUGCCCCCGCAACUCCCCUUGCUCAGGUCCGUUUUGCCGUUCCUCUUGUCACGGCCGAACAUGCCCCGGCACUUCCGAGGGUGCCCAUUCCGGCCCCAGCACUUCCGAGGGCCGUCGCCGCCGCAAAGCACGCAAACAACCGGCAACCCCAACCCUAG